GGAGGCAAGGUUAUUAUCGUCAUUGGAGCAGAUGACAACUACAAAAUCGAAGAGGAGGAAGAACGAUCAGUUAUCUCGCCCUGGGCCCGAAGAAUUGUCUGUGUACAGUUCAACGAAGAAUAUUUGGAUGGAAGAAAAAGCUUCGUCUUUUCCUGGGGCGAAAAACACAGGCAAAUCCACGUGGAAGCCCUGAUGCAUUUUUUUAAUUCAGACAAGAAUGGUGAAAAGUUAAAAUAUCAGCUGCCAAUAAAAGCAGACCCAACCUCGAAGGCCAGACGAAAAACCACGGCUGAAUCCAUUCCAAUAGAAGCGGAAGAAAACAAAUGCUCCUCAGAUAUUGGGAAAAUUACUCAAGGAAAGGGUGCUUUUAUUGUACUUUUACAAUUUAAUUUAUUAUAUUUUUCCCCGACCAGACAUUAGAUCACUGAAACGCAAGUGAGUAGAGAUAGCGGAUGAUUGAGCCCUUCGCGCUUCGGCAGUUGACACUCGUGUCAUUUCUUUUGUUUAUUCAUCAAAUAAAAGUAGGAGAGAACAAUGGUUUAGGAACAGUGGUCUUUUUUCACGAGUGACGUCCUUUCGAGGGAUGCAGGGUUGACCACACACAACAGUUACAGGACGAUUAUUUAAUCGACUUCAGUGUUUUUGUUUGCAGUCAUUUAGUCUUCAGUCGUUCGUUAGUUUUUUCGUUUGUGUUUCAGCCAUCAUAAUCAGAUGGAACUGAGCAAUUCGUACCUUUUUCUCCUUUAGUCUUGGCAGUGCAUUAGAGUAAUUAGACAUGUCACUGUUUUUUGUUUGCACCCACAGGCUUGGCAGGUCUCGGUUGUAGCGUAGGACUGGAAAUUCCUUCUUAUGGACUAAGGGAUCAGAGUUACAAAACUGGAGGAAUUAGCAGAGCAGGUAUCAGAAGCCAAGGGGCUGUGCCUCAAAGGGCUUUAGGAUCAACAAUUGUUCCAAACCCUUUGAACUCAUCACACAAAAAGCUCUCCUCUAUGAGAGAGACACAGAUUGCCUCUAAAAAGGGAAAGGUUCCGCAGAAUUUAGUAAUAUUAGAGGCACUGGUAGACCUGCCAUCCAAAGCCAAAGCCAAGGGGCUAGACCUAAGGGAACAACGCCGUUUACAAUUAAAACAGCCACAGGAAACUAAUGGAUGUUAGCAAAUUUUACACUCAGUUCCUUCAACUGUUGAGUUGGAUGUAAUUUUUAACUAAUUAACAUCUAACUGAUGUUUAUUCCGCUUUUAUUUUUUUAAAGACAAUAAGACAACAGGGCAUCUUUUCAAAGUGGCCCUUUGACUCUUAUAAAUUGUAAAGUUUGCCUAUCAGUCACUUGAUGAAUCGCUCCUUUUAGUGUGAUGUAUUUUGCUCUCAAGUUGAGCAUUCAGUUUUGACAAAACAACUUCAUGAUAAAAGAAGCUUAAGAACAUUAAGAAUUUUAGCGUUGCACUCGGCCUGGUACUGAAGAGCCCCACUGAAAAUAGUGCAGCGAGCGAUAUACACGAGCAAGAGGUUCUAAUAUUAAACAUAUUAAAAUUGAUAAAAAAACAACAACAACAGAGGUUAGCGGACAUCGCAAAUACGUUGUUCAAGUGUUCCUUUUAGAACGUCCUUUCGAGUGGUGCAGUAACGAACAAAUCUUGUACUUGCAAAACGUCGCCCCAUGGAUUCCCUGUGAUCCGGGAAAUUUUUGCGAGUGGAAUCCGGAAUCUGGGAAAUUUUCACCGGUCGAAUCAAAUCCUGGGCUUUGAUAUCCGGAGUACAGACAAAGGAAUACGGAAUCCAAGAAUCCGGAUUCCAGGUACUGGAUUCCAGAAUCCACGGCGUUGGAUACAGAAUUCGUGGUUGUCUUGGAUUUUCUUACCUGGAGCAUUUUUUUUUCCGGUUCUCCUUAUAGUUGUCCUUCCCCUCCUUUUGUUUUUUCUCUCUCUCCCCUCCUCCGCUUUUACCAUUAAUGUACGUAAUUCAUACUUUGUACUUUUUUCCUUUUACUUUCAGGCUUGACAAUUAUUGGUUGUAUGGUUUCCGAAGAAGCCAUAGACGCUGUAAUACAAGCAGUUGAAAGUAUUCGUCCUAAACUGAAUCUUCAUGCACAGCCUCCAGUUAUGAACCUUUCCCCCGCCAAAGCUAAGCAGUACUUGGAGAGACACUCGCUCCAGUUUUGUGUGUUGGUAGUCAAUGGGGAAACAGUAAAAGACGCUUAUGAGAAUCUACCUGAGCGGAGAAAUGAAUAUGAAAAACUUUUCAAGACGGCAGUGCAAAGAGUUGGUAAGAUGAGUGCUCAUUGUAUAAUAACAGAAAUAACGUUUCUAUAUACUUUCCUUUUCUCACUGCAUUUAGUUACUUUAAGUUUCAUAUGGCUAAUGUGUGCCUGCACGGCCUACACGUGGUGCGCCUAGUGGUUCCAGUGUUUCUAUUUUCUAGUGUUGAGAUGUGAAGAAAGGAAGGAAUUGAAGUAAGGAGGGAGUGGUGGAUGACAGUACAACAGACGCGCCCUAUUUACGAUAUAUAUUUAACAAUUAUUCCUCGAGCCGGGAUGGGCUCUGAGUCAAUAGCCCAUGAGGGCGAAGGCGAAAUGGGCUAUUGACACAGAGGCCACGAGGGCGAGAGGAAUAAUUGUUUUAGUAAAAUCCAACUAGUUGGUCAAAAAUAUCGAGACAAAACAACUUUCGCUAGUUAAAGCUGGACUUAAAGCCAUUGUUUUGGUUUUCAAAGCCGGCACUUUUCGCUACUAGUAGGCUAUAACAUAUAGCCUAGAACUAGCUCAACCAAUUGGAAUGCAGCAUUGAUAAUAGACCACUAGUUGGAUUUUACUAGAACAUGUUAAUAGUAAGCUCGGACAUUAACAUACAAGGGCGCCACGGGCAGCCGCUAUCAGACGAGUCCAUUUAUAAGCAGUACUGUACCCACCUAACCCAUGGUGUGAAUGAUGUGUGAAGGUUGGCCACGCCACCGGGGUCUCCUUUCCCGUUUCGGUCCCCGUUUUAAACCAUAACAUAACAAGAUAAGACAGAAUGAUGUAUUUAAGUUUGGAGAAGGCCAUCUUUAAAUUGCUCUUUUUACACGACGAAAGCGAUCUUGAGGUUUUACCGUUGAUCGCGCGGUAGCACUGGUUCCUCUCAUUUGCAACCCCGCCGGAAAGCAAUUGUAAGUUUUCAUUAGUUAUUGCUAGUAUACCCUUAGGAAGUUUCAAAUUCAUUGUGGAUGUAUACCCGUAUUGAUGUUAUGUUCUCUCUUGGACAGUAAACUGGCAAAUCAGUGAUGUAUAUCUGAUUGAAUAACGUUGUCGCUAAAAGUAUAAACCAUGAACGAUGAGGCUUCAAGGAUUUUAUACGUUCAUUAGCAAAGCAAAUUCAAAGUUCUUUCGACAAAAGUUUACAUUGUCACGAGAUGCUCGUGAAAAUGCAAAUCCCUAGAGUACUUUCAAGGCAUGCCAUUGUCUUUUUUUGUCUUCAAAGAAAGCCAGCUUUUAGGUCCUGUCUUAUGAUUUUAAAGUGGGGGAUAGCGAUAUGGCUACUUUCUUUAACUGUAGACAUCUCUUAUGAGUCCGGGACAAGUAAAGUUGUGAGCUUAUCUGUACAGCCCCCGAAAUUAUCCCGACCCCGAAAUGAUCGCCAACCCUGAAAUGAUCCCCAAAUCGACCCCGAAAUGAUCUCCAUUUCUCUUCACGUCGACCCCGAAAUGAUCCCCAUUUAAUUUUAGGAAUGGAAUGAUAUCCUUUAACUAUGGAUCGUGCAAAAUGCACAACAUUAUAACUUAAGCUUCACUAAUAAUCUUUACUUGCCCACAUGACAUUAAUUUGGGAUUACACUUUGAACUGGAUUAAACGAAAAUAUUAUUAUCAAAAAAAUUACACAAAGUCUAGUAAAUUUUUAGGAACACCAUGGACUGCAACUGAUAAUAUCAAGAAACAUAACAUUUUUUAAAAUUAUUACUUAGGUGAUUAUAGCCCGGGUUAUAGAGAAAACUGCAUAGAUGUUAAAUUUUAAAAAUGAUGUUAAAACUGCAUGCCUUGGAUAUUGAAUUUUAAAAAUGGUGUUUUAACACUUUUUAAAAUCUUAAAGUGAUGUUGAAGAUGCAAAAGUAUACAUAAAGGCGAUCAGAUGACAAAAGCGCUAAAAAAUCACAUAAACUGCACCGAAAUGUUUCAGUAAGUAAGGUAAAACAAAAUACAGCAAAUACCGUGUACGAUCAAUCUUGCUCAACGUUGGAUCCAAAAAGAUCGUGAUCAGUCAAAAUAGAUCAAAUUGAAAACGUUACAGUCAAGAAGACUUCAGCAGGUUUCAGUCUGAGUCUUGGGUUUGUUUGUAAGUGCGUCAGUGCGAAGAAUGUCGGAAGCUCGUUGUAUUUGGAUCUUAAGAAAGGUUUUGUCGUAGCCGCGAUUACACUUUUCAUUCUACAGGUGAAAUUGGAGAAACUAAACGUCGCCUCAAAGACCGUUUUAAUGAACACAGACGACCAAUACUCAACCCUACUGGUAAUUACAUCCAUACUGCAGUUUCAGAACACUUUCUAACCAGUAAUCAUUCCGACAAUCAUAUGCUUUGGAUUCCUAUUGAAAAACUUAAAAAUGGGCGUGAUUCUUUCAGGAAAGCACGUGAAGCCGACCUUAUCCAUAAAGCUAAGACAAUUUAGCCUCUCAGGGCAUCAAUAAACGUGAUGAACUGUAACUAUAUAUAGUAUAUCUUUUAUUUUUUUUGUUAUCUUGUCUUUUAAAGUAGCCACCAUACCACGUCAUAUUAUGUAAUUUCCGGUCAUAAUUUUACGUCAUAUAUAUUUCUGUGAAUUCGUGAUAUCUCAAUAAACCCAGAUGAAGGCUGGUAUUGGCCAGUCGAAAUAUCGCAACUAAACUCUAUUUCACUUUGUUUGAUCAGUCGCUGCUAAAGUCUUCUUGACUCAGACUCGUACCCAGUCGCUAUUUAAGUGUUUUGGGGGAUGAGAGAAGAUUGGGGAUUAGGUUGAGGCGCGCGCGGGGUCUCAUGGGAAGGGAAGAAGGAAAAAUACUGUUCUUGACCGUAGCGUUUUCAAUUUGUAGCGAAAUGUUAAUCACUAUUUAAGAACGUAAACGCUGCAACAGAUUUGUAAUAAUUCCGUGACGGAAUACAAGUUCCAUUCCAAGAAUUAAUUGGGGAUCAUUUCGGGGUCGACGUGAAGAGAAAUGGGGAUCAUUUCGGGGUCGGUAUCAUGAUUUCGGGGUCGAUUUGGGGAUCAUUUCAGGGUUGGGGCUCAUUUCGGGGUCGGUAUCAUUUCGUGGUCGAUUUGGGAAUCAUUUCAGGGUUGGAGCUCAUUUCGGAGUCGGGAUCAUUUCGGGGGCUGUACAUACCGCCAUGAAAUCUGGAAACCGUUUGACCUUUUUUCGGAAUGCAUCGUAGCCAAAAGCUUCGAUAAUGUGAACUUUUCUUAAAAGGAACAGUAUCCCGUUACUGCGCAUGCACCAAACUUUGAUUUUUGGACAGGAUGUCGCGAAACCAAAAGAUGCGAGGAGAGUAAGGUUGCAUUCCUUUUAGCCAAACUUUUUUCGGAUUUGGACAAUCCAGAUUGUUUGCAUUUUUGUGUUAGCCGGAACAAAAAUUCUGCUAAAUUAAGCAUCUUCUCGUGGAGAAAGGGAAAAAACUUAGCUCUUUAACUAGUGGUGUUUCAUACUGGGACUCGUCCACUUAAAAUUAUCUGGAAUUUGAUUCAACAAAAUUCAGAAGACAAUUACGAAUUCUCAAGCGGUGAGAAGCGCGCUCUAAACACACACACAGACAUUGGCCAGUAUAGUUUUACGUAACGGUGAGAAAAUCUAAGCGUUUUCACUUCCUAACGGAUGUAGAGUGACAUUGGAACUUGAGUUUAGUAUACUACAAUCCUUUAGCGGUAUAGAACAACAAAGGAGUAAAAAAUAACUUGCCUGAACUAACCUUGACCUGCCGUGUUUAUUGAUGAACGAGCACGUUUUUGCGAUCGAAAAGCAGUUUCAUUAAAUGGAGCAAAGAUAUGAAACCUGAUUGAGAUACAAAUCUGAACGAUCCAUGUUCAGAGGUAGAUCGUUCGGAUUGCAAUCUUAGAUUGGUUUAGUCCUUAAUGGAACAAAAAAUCGAAUUUUCGAUCGCAAAAUCCGGAUUUAGAUUGGCUAAAAGGAAUACAACCUAAGAGAACCUUAAAAAAUCCGUUUGCAUCGCGCUUAGCCGAGAUCGAUACUGCACUAAAUCUUCUCAGGAUUACAGAUCAAUGAUAUAUUGUUCCCGUUGAGUUUCGAUUUGGGCAAAAUCGGGAUUUUUGGGCGUUACUUUUGUUGUUUUGGCCGGAGGACCACUGAAGGAUGGGAAGCGCUUUUAUGCCGAUUGAAGGCUUAUUUCUUCUGCCAGCUUCCAUACAAGCUCAUGCAGAUAAUUGUGAAAGGAAUAGGCAGAAAUGAAACAGCAACAAUAGAGGCUGUAAGAAAGAAACCAUUGAGACGUGGAUGUGACUGAGGAGAUCUUGUGGAAUUAAGCUUCAUGAAGCAGAAUGUUUUGCAACGACGCGUUAGUAAACUUUUUGAAUGAACCUCCCUACGGCCGACAAAAUCAAACAAACAGGCGCUACAUGUCUAGAAAAAUUAGUGCAAUAAAUCAUAAUAUAAUAUUUGACUAAUCUUUACGAUAAUUCAUUACGUUAAGAUUGCAUUUUUAUUUAAUAUAUCUUUCAAACGUUUGAAGCUAGAAGGCGAGAAAAUCAGGCAAAUAUUACUGGACUUGGAGCAAUUGACCUCUGACACGAGUUUCAGAUUAGAAAAGCUGUUUUUAAAGCGAGCGGAACGAGAUUUUCGGGUCGCGAGGCGGCCCUGCUAGCGACAAAAGCGCGAUGAGUCUUCGUGCCGCGAGCCAAAUUUUAAAUAAGACGAAACACUUCUUCGAAAGUCUAAAAUAUUACUUUAGAAUGUAAACAACAAAUCUCCGUCGGCGGUGCAGUCCGGAAGGAAAUCUUGUGCAGUCAAUAUGACAGUUCUAUGGUCUUUUAAAGAAAAAACAGAUGACGUUCGCGCGUUCGCACAAUCGGGACACUGUCCCUUUAAAAGAACUUGAAAUUGGCGAUGCUAAUAAAGUUCUACCCAUAAAUCCGUUAGGUUCCAUCGUUAAAGGUUUAUACUUUUCAAGCGACAACGUUUCUCAAUCUGGUGUAUAACUUGGAGUGAGACUGUUCACAAUGGACUGACUGUAACCGGCCCGGGUAACCUACUGACAGGUUUGCCAUUCGGAUUGCACGAAAAUAACAAUAAAGUUGGUUGUCAAUCACAAUAACUACGAAAUCUACCAAUUACAACCUUUUUUAAAUGUGGGUUUUUGAACUUGCUCUAAAGGAAAGCCCAUGUUUUCCGAGAAGUUCGUUAGGGUGGUGAUUGACAGAAGCAAAGACUGAACCUAAACGUUGGUUAAAUGUUAAACUUGAAGUCGCAUGUUUCAUCUUUGCUCUGUUUGUAGUUUUCUUUUCCAUUUUUUCUGUACGAAUCUAGAAUUUGUCGUUUUUCAUUGAAUUUUGCCUCGCUAGUUUUCCACUUAUCAGAAAAGGUUGUUGUCAAUGAUUCCAUUUAGCUUUCGAUCGUAAAUAAACAACACAAAUCCUUUUUCAGCAGUCGGCGCGGUUAUCGUCUUUUUCAUUUCUUUGUUUAUAACUUGUUACUCACAUCGCCUUCUUUUAUUCGAAUUCAAUUCAAAACCGUAGAAUUAGUAUGUGUAAUUAACUCCUUAGUGCAGUUUUCAUCCCGCUCGAUUAAAAUCAUCUGAAAGCAAUUUUUGAAUUAUUCAGCCGCAGAAAAUCCUUGCUGUAUUUUUUUCAUGGGGCUUUUAAUAUCAAGCUCGUCAACUAUUUUAUCCUUGUUUGACACUCAGAUUACGAACUGUCUAGCAAGACACAAAAACCUUUCUUUAUUCUAAAAGAGAGCAGUAAGCGCCAUAAUAUAAGUUACCGAGCUAAAAAUCAUGUUGUAAUGUUUUGUUUUGGUUUGCAAUCGAUCGCGCGCUUCAUCAACACGAACGCGUCCUUCUUGACACACGUAGGGUGGAGAGUGAAGGAAAAUUUUCCCUAAACUUUUAAACGUCAGUAGGAAAAAAUAAAAAUGUUAUUCACCGGGCUAGGUGGGUCCGUAUUGGGAGAAACUGUGUCCUCGGGCACAGUUUCUCCCAAUACGGACCUCCCAGCCGGUGAAUAACAUAGAUAUAUAUUUAGUGGUUAGAAUUUGUGUCCACGCAAGGUAACACAAAGAAACACAAAGGUUUCUCAAUGGGUCUUCUGGGUCUUCUGAUUUCUUUUUUUUAUUUAUGUGCAGUGGCGGAUCCAGGGGAGGGCUCCGGGGAACCGGCCCCCUCCUAUUCUUAGACCAAACUGAGGCCAGAACAAGAGGCCCCCCAAAAGUUUUUUUUUUUAAGACCACCCCCCCCCCCUCCUCCCCCUCAUCUCAGGGUCUGGAUGACCGGGCCCCGUCUUAUCUUAAGGUCUCGUUCCGCCACUAAUGUUAGCUUAUUACGGAAUAGCCUCUUACUUGUCUCAUGCUUUACUUCUUUUCUCAAUAGCUAUAAAGGUGAUUUUUGGGGUCUGCGGUAGCCUGUCUUUGAAUGAGGAGGACGAAGAGAUAAUCCAUCAAACAAUACACCGUGCGUUCGAAGAAAAGAACAGAGGAUUCAUAGCUUGGUUAAGGAAUGGGAGACUGACGGUAGAUACUGAUGUCUUAGUGCAGCUUCUGAAUCCCGCGUUUACCAUGGCGUUUGUGAUGCCACCAAGCAGCCCUCCUCGAGGCAGGGAUCAAGGACUCACCAAUGUCCCUUUACAUUCCUUUGAUCAACGACUUCAAGUCGAACAGCUACCAGAAAGAAAACUGGGAUAUGGUUGGGAAAAUGAGAACCUGGAACCAGUAUGCCUUCCUGCUGCAACGCCAACCUACAAUGCCAAACAAAAUCAGGGUGUGAUAGGAAAAUUGGUGCUUGAAAGUAAACUACGCUAUGGCCUCAUAUCAUUCGAACCAGCAGAUCUUAAAUUUCUUAGCGGAGAAUUCCGGGAAAUCCCUGAAGACAUUGUUCAACAUCUUCUACAAACACACAAAGAAAUCGAUGAGAGCAGGGUUAAAACCAUGUUGGUCCCAAGUCAUAACGACCAGUUAAUUUACGUCGGUGACCAAGGCAUAGAGAUGGCCGACAAUGACUUACUAUUGUUAAAAACUCGUGUUAUCAAUGGUUUGGUAUCUCUUCAUCAGGAUGACAUUGAGGCUCGAUAUCCCGCGGAUUGGCAAGUACCUGUGUACAUACUUGAAGACCUGGACUAG